CCUACUUUGUACUGAUCCGAACCAAGCCCCGCACUCAUCACGCAAUGCCAUCUUGGGACCCAAGCAAAAACAAAACCUACCAGAUCCUCAAGGCCGCCGAGGAGGGUGGCUACGGGGUACAGGCGCCCAUCGCCUACAACCUCGAGCAUGUCUUGGCCUUUAUCGCAGCGGCCGAGGCGAAACGCUCACCACUAAUAAUCCAAGUCUUUCCAUGGGCCGUGACUUUCUCAGGUGGCUUGUUAAUCCACGCGGCGGCGCACGCGGCCAAGGCGGCAACAGUCCCCGUCGCCAUCCACCUCGACCACGCCCAGGACGAGGCCAUGAUCUGCCACUGCGCCGACAACCUCCCGUUCGACAGCAUCAUGGUCGACAUGAGCCACUACGAAAUGGAUGAGAACCUGGCAAAGACCAAGGUUUUGGUGCAGUACUGUCACUACAGGGGGAUCGCGACAGAGGCCGAGCCGGGGAGGAUCGAGGGUGGGGAGGAUGGUAUCGCUGAUACGGCAGACCUGGAGGGUGCAUUGACGACCGCGGAACAGGUGGAAGAUUUUAUAGCGACCGGGAUUGAUUUCUUGGCACCAGCUUUUGGCAAUGUCCACGGGGAGUACGGGAAGAGGGGGCCUGUCUUGGAGUUUGAUCGUCUCGAAACCAUCCGCAAGACGUCAGCAGGUCGAGUUCGUAUCGUGCUGCAUGGCACCAAUGGCUUUCCCGAGGACAUAAUGAAGAAGUGCAUCGCAGGUGGUGUGACCAAGGUUAACGUCAACAAGUUGGUGUUGGAUGACUACCUCGUUCACUUGAAGGAAAAUGCAGCCAAGUUAAGCUUGACUACGCUGAUGGAGGAGGGUGUAAGGGAAGCCAGGAAGUUGAUGGAAUGGCAGAUGGAUGUGGUUGGUUCUACAGGAAAGGCUGCAUAGACUAUAGAUAGAUGAUACAGUAAAAGAAUAGAACAAAAAAGACAAACUAAGUUUAUCAGCCUGCGAAUCAUAUCGUCAUAACAUCAUGUAUCAUACACCUAAGCUCUGCCUGAAUAUUCACAUCCCCAACUUCAAAGACGACAGUCCAACCCCACCCACC